GCCGUAACAAUGCAGUGUAGGGAACGUGCACGCGGCAAUGAGGAUUUUCUGGCUAUGAUGAUCCAAGAACGACUUUUUUUGUCGUUUAUCUCUAAAUCUGCUCGGGUUAUGUUACCAGUAACGGGUCUUGAUUUCUUUUAUUUUUUUUUAACGGUUUCUAUGAAGACGUAGUCCCUGCGCAGAAAAAAGAAAGCGUCUAUUAGCUGUCUAGCGUUAGCAAGCGGGACCGUCGGGCACUUUGUAUGGGAUUCAUAUAUUUAUCAGUCGGAGGAAACAGUUGUGGACUAAAGUCGAGGAACGGUGUUGUGUCGAGGGACGCACGUCGUUCGCAGGCUGACGCACACAAGGGUAGGUGGAUGGGAGACGGCAUUUUGGAAGCUGGAACACCUGCCAUCUCCUUCUCACGGCACGGAGCACACAAACUAGCCACCAAAGGUUAAGACAAUCGGAGGCAACAUACAAGUGCCUCCGCCACUGUGUAGUUUCCUUUCCCAGAGAGUGACUCGUCUGCACGACGUCACCAAUGCGACCAUGGGAAGUAGCAGUAAAUAGGCUGCCCCCAACAGCCCCCUUGAACCCGAGGAGGUUCCUUGGAGAGCCCUGUAACACCCCUGUGCAUCUCAGGAGAAGCCCACCAGUGAGACGCCAGUGGGGGCUACGAGACAGGCCUGUGCUGCACUCUUCCCUGGUCCAGGAUGAGAAUCUCCAUCAUCUGCUUUUCUCCCAACAUCACCAACAGGUUCCUUUAGAUGAAUCCAGACAAUACAGCCACACCAGCACAUCACCACGCAUGCUUCACCCUGCGGCCCACCUGCCCCAGCAGAACUCUAUCAUGGUGGAUUUACACGAGCAGAUGCCCCAGGGAUCUGUUCCAAUAUCAUACACUGUUACGACGGUGACGACCCACGGAUUUCCCAUCCACGCUGGGCAGCCUUUACCAGGGUGCAACACUCAGCAGCUCCCAGCAUGCUCGGUAAUGUUCAGUGGACAGCUCUCUCUACUCUGCUGCCUUCCUCCUCCUCUCAUACAGGCAUGUACCAUGCAGCAUAUGCCGGUGUCUUACCAAGCCUUCCCGCCCCUGAUCUCCAGCGAACAUUUUGUAUUGCACCCAAACCCAUCUGUACCCCCCCACCAGCCACCGCACCUUACUCCUAUGAGCCAAUUUGUCCCUUUACAGCCUCAGCACCCACGCAUGCCUCUACAGAGAGUAGAGAAUGAAGUUGACCUAAGGGGGGACCAGCGCCCAUUAGGAACCUUCUCUUACCCUCCCUCACAUCACCCACCAGCGCUGCCUCCAUCUCUGCCCAUACAGUACCUUCCUCAAGAGCCUCUGCAUCAGGAGCUUCCCUUUGGAGUGCCAUAUCCUCACAUGGUGCCACGGCGAGCAAGUGGACAGAGAUACCGGCUACAGCAGCCUCUUCCUCCUCCCCUGCCACCUCCCUCCUACUACCCAGGCUUUCUCCCUUACUUCCUCUCAAUGCUUCCUGUGCCUCCAACAGCAGUAGGCCCAGCCAUCAGUCUCGACCUUGAUGUGGAUGAUGUGGAAAUGGAGAACUAUGAGGCUUUACUGAAUCUGGCCGAGAGGUUGGGUGAAGCAAAACCACGUGGGCUCAACAAGGCCGACAUCGAGCAACUUCCAUCCUACAAGUUUAGCUCAGAGAAUCAUCUAUCUGAGCAAACGUUGUGUGUUGUGUGCUUUAGUGACUUUGAGUGUAGGCAGCUACUUCGUGUAUUACCCUGCAAUCACGAAUUCCACGCCAAAUGUGUGGAUAAAUGGUUAAAGACCAAUCGGACUUGUCCCAUCUGCCGAGCCGACGCAUCGGACGUGCACCGGGAGGCGGAGUGAGAGCUGAAGUGGAAAAUGCUGCGCACACGCCAGAGUUAGUCCUAAAGCUGUGGACACCUACCACUAACUAACUACAGCUAACAACCCACUUCCUAAAUAAUAAGCAGUCUGGGAUGGUUCCCGGAGCCUAUUGUACCUCUGCUGUGCUUCAUUUGUCCGAGUCUUGUGAACAAAACAAAAUCCCCGCUGCAGCCAGAAGGCGGGAUCACCAGCUGGUUCUUUCUCUGGCCUUCCCCGUUCCUUGUUGCAGAUUCCAAAGAGUUUCCCUAUCCGUGCGCAUUAUUUGCUGCUUUUCUUUACAGGGUUGUAUUUGUUGAGAUAAGUGGGUUUUGUGAUGGUGGUGUCCAUGAGGGAAGGAGUCCGGAACCUGGAUAAUGGAAGGCUGGACACAAUUAACAAAGACUAAUAAUAGGAUGUGUUGAGAAGCACCAUAGAUGCAUGUUAGUGUUGGCUAAACAGACUUCUUCAUAUAUAUGUUCUGCAAUACGCUAUUGAUCAUUUUGACAGUUUAGGUCCACUUUAAUUCAACCUGAGCUUUGAGACUGCAAGUGAUGUGUAUCUGCCGCACGAUCCUCUCUGGAAAGCACAUGUUUCCAAAAAGAUUUCUUGGAUUCAUGGACUAGUUCAUUUCAAGGUCAUCUAGCAUAACUGCACAAGUGCUACACCUAUCCUCUGUGUGUGUGUGUGUGUGUGUGUGUCUGUGUCUGCCGCGCACAUGUGCGUGUUUCCCGUUCACAGAGCCAAUGUAUUGUGUAAUCACUGGAUACAGGGCGGCAUGCUUGGAUUUGCAUGAACUGUUGAUUCCGACUAGCAAUAUUUAUAACAAGCAUUACCACCAAAAUGAUCCAACUUAAGAAAAAAAAAAAAGCUUACUAAAUGAACGGCUUGCUUAUGUGGGAAGACGAGCAUUAAAACAGAUGCGAGUCACCAUUGUCCGAAAGGCGCACUGGCGUCCUGUGCUGAAAGCAAUAUGUGCACAGGGGCUACUUUGAAUGGACUUUUAUCUUCCCGUUUAAGGAAGAUGUGGCUGUCAAUGUCUGUCUGUUUGUUUGUGAGCCAAAUCCAGUACAUAAAUAUAGCCUACUUUUCCAGAUUUUAGACCUGCCUUCUUAUGACCUUGACAAGCACAAACCUAUCACUAAUCCUGACAAAUACUGUGUCAUUUUCACCGUUUCUUAAAGGUUUAUGUAUUGCGUUGUAACCUUUUAGAGAAACUGAAUUGAAGGAAAGCGAUUGGAUCACUAACAAUGUUUGUGUUUAUAUUCUGGUAACGUGGUCAUCAGCUUAAUGGUGGUGUUUCAAGAAAAGAAAAAAAAAAGUGUAUUAAUAACUUGCGCGUGAAUGCUUUUAGAUUUGAAGACAGACGAAUGUCGUAGAAGUCACUGGUCACACUGCUCAGCACGCCGUCCGUCUUGCACCGCAAUGUGACCUGCACAGGGUUCAAACGACGGAAUGUUCAGUAGUGUACGAACACUGUUGGACUUCUUUUUUUCCUGCUUGUGUUGACACUUAAUGAAAAAAAAAAAUAGUAAGCACUAACAGCGUUGCUUUUACAUGUAAAGGGAUCUUGCCUUUUUCUUUACUUCAGUGUCUUAAGUGAAUGUGAGUCGUUGACGUGUGUGCCAUCAAAAGAAAAGAAAAAAAAAGCCAUUUAAUGAGUUCUACCCACAGCUUUGAGAAUUAAUCUACGUGUACAUACAUAUCUAUUCGCAGGCUAUAUUGUAUGUUUGGGGGGGGAGGGGGAAUACUCAGGGCCACUCUGUUAAUGAGGAUACAGGACAAGAAGAGUCUGUCAAAUGGAAAGGAUGCUAUGGAAAGGAUAUAACUGAAUUUAUGUCAUUUUCUUCUGCCCACAAAGGAUUUAAUGUAAGCAAUUGUAAUAUCCUCUUAUGUCUGAAAUAGUACACCGUUUAAAGACAAGGCAUGUUUUAAAAAAGAAAAAAAAUAACUAAAAAGAGGCAACGUACACAAGUCAUUUACAAACCAGUUUGACUAUUUGCUGUGGUCCAACUUCUCAAUGUGCGCACACUCCUACCUAAUCACUCCAGAAGGUGUUUGCAUGUUUAAAAAAAAACAAAAAAAAACAAGCGCAAGCGUGUGGAGGAUGGGCAGGGGGGACCUGCAGUAUAUAACGGUGCACAAUAUGCAUGCUUGUCAUCCAGUUCUAGUUGGCUUCUGGAGGUUUGGAUCUUAAUGCUCAGCUGAUAACUGCCAUGCAUUGUACUGCACAUAUUUCUAAUAGAACUGAACGACUACAAGAUUUUAUUGCGCUAACUUCAUUUUGCUGGGGAAAAAUGGUCUUGGUCCAUCAAUUCUUACAUGUGUUGUGUUACUGUUGUUGCCCUAAUGACCGAAAACAACCUGCUCUGAGACUACUGUAGUUUUAUCAAGAAGCCAUAGUGACAAGGUGCUAGAUGUUCUGCUUUUAGCUAUGAAAACUCACUUGCGUGAAUGCAAUAGUUUGUCAUGGAUCUCAUGUAUUCGUAAAGCAUGUUAUACUAAUACCCCAGUGGAAAUAAUUAUAGUUUAAGGGUUUAAAAAAAGUGUUGUCAUACAUACUCAAGUGUAGUACUGUACUGGCCUCUCAGGCACUUGCCCUCAGUGUAUCAAUAUCUUAAAAUGUAAUGUUCACAUAUACUUCAUGUUAUUAGCGCUUAUUUUUGGGAGUACAGUAUCUAUUGAAUUGACAUUAUACAGCUACCCCACUUAUUUAAAAAAAUAAAAAAAACACUCCCACUCAAGUGGUUCAUGAUUAAGACAACACAGAAUAGAGUCGUGUAGUCUUUUACUUGACUUCAAUAAUCUAACACCUUGUCUGGUGCAACAAAAAAGUGUUCCAAUAAGCAGCUAAAAAUUGUUUGGAUUUGUGAUUGCUUUGUAGAUGCCAUUUAUGGUUUACCAAUGAUGAUUCUUUUUUGCUGUGCUGGGAUCGUGGUUUACUGUUCUUACCCUCCCUGCUUGUUAAAGGGGUCCUCAGCCCACCCACCUACAGAGCCAGGGGCACGUCUUGUGUUAGGCAGAUAUAUUUUGCUUUGGUACUUGCACAUUUACAGUUACCUCAUUGUUCCAUGUUUGUAUUGCAGGGGGUGGGAGGAAGGAAACUAAUAUAUAUAUUUACACGUUACAUAGAGGAAACGGUUCGUUUUAAUUUUUCAUUCCAUUGAAUCAUUGUUUGUAGCAUUUAACAUUAACUAGUUUGUGUAUUAUCUGCAUCUGUAUACUGUUUGAACUUUUUAAGAUUUGUACUUUUUUUAAAUGAAAGUUGCUAGUUAUGCUUUACCAAGUAGUGCAAUCAUAUUUUUUUCAACUGUUGUGGCUGAUUGGUGAGGGUUGUUCACUAAUAAAUGUAUUAUGUAUACCAAUAUGAGGCUUGUCAUUUAAAACAAUAAACCCAAAUUUAUUU